CCGCGCCGCCGCGCGCCAGUCUGGCGUCAGUUCUGUCUGCGUGCGGAGGCCGGGUCGCGCCGCGCCAUGGGAUAGCCUCGCUCCGCGCCAUGAGCCCCGCCAUGGGAUAGCCUUCGCUCCUCACCAUGAGCCCUGCCUCUCAGGGCGGCCUGCAAGUGGAGCGCUACAUCGGCACGUGCCUCAUCUCUAAGGACUACCGCUACCAGGAUGCCCACCGCGCCGCGCACCAGGGCCACCAGUGGGCCGGCCUGCCCCUCAUCUCCAUGGUGCAGCCGCGGCGCCACAAGCAGCAACAGCCUGCUCAACAACAGCCUGCUCAGCAGCCUCAGCAGCAGCUUGCGCAGCCCCAGAGUCCCGGCGGGCCGCGGUCCCCGCUGUCGCGCCUCGCCAUUCACACCCAGGGCGCGCCGCUCAUCCUAGCCGGCCGGUACAACAACCGGAAGCAUGGUGGUGGCGGUGCAGGCCUCCACAACGGCCUCCACGGCAGCCCCCCGGCCGGCGCGGGCGGCGCUGGCGGCGCGCCCCCGGGCAGCAAGGGCGGGCCCCGCAGUCACCGGCCGCUGGGCCCGCUGCCCCCGCCCUGUGGACCCAUGGGGCCCAUGGGGGCCUGUAAGCCCUCGAGCGACAGCCUGAGCAUCGCCAGCGACGAGAGCUCGGGGCACUCGGAGAACAGCCUGCCCAGGAUCAUCAAGCCGCGGAAGCGCCGCAAGAAGGACAGGAAGCCGCCGCAGCUGGCGGCCGACACGCCAACCCCGACCUCGGCGCCGACCCCACCCGUGCCCACCGUGUCGCUCAAGAGCUUCGGCGGCGAGGUCCGGGAGGCAGUGGAGCACGCCGACGAGCCCAAGCUGCACCACGACUUUGACGACGUGAAGGAGCACGACUCGACGGAUGAGGGCGUGCUGUUGUGCCAGUGCCGGUAUUGUGACCCGGCUGGCCUCAUCUGGGACGUGGACCAGAACUGCUACUCCCCCUUCCUAACGCCGCAGCCCCAGCCGCAGCACCUGUCCAGCUUCCCGCUCUUCAUCUCGGACUCGACGCGGUCGUUCGCAGAGCCCCAGAGACCCCCUGCAAACGUCCUCGGCCCCGUCGGAGCGCGCGGACCGACGGACCUGCUGUUGCGGCGGAGCUGGAGUGAACCAUCGCCCUCGAGGAAGCUCUCGGAGAGCAGCGACUCCCAGGAGAGCGACCGGCGGUCCCCGCCAUCUCACCAGGCCCUGGGGGUCUCCUCAGAGAUCGUCACCUCGCACAACGGCCACCGCGACAUUGAGAUCAAGUUCUUCUCGUUACCGUCCUCGGCCGCAGAGCUGGACUGCAAGCAGUGACUGUGUGUUUAAAUGUGAGUGUAUGUGUGUGUGUGUGUUGGGGGAGGGGUGGGGGGGAUCUGUGGGAGUGUGAGCGAGUGGGUGUGCCAGAGAGAGAGAGAGAGAUGGAGAGAGCGAGCAAGGCCGGAGACAGAGGAUCGUGAGCCGGCUUGUGUGGUGGCUUGAUCGCACGCGAGUGAAUGUGUGUCAGUGCAGCAAGGAAUAUACUCCCGGAUAAAGUGCAGUGCCUCAGUGUUGUGCCUUCACCCCUCAUUGGAUUACCUAUUUGUACUUCCGGAUGAGAUUCUUCAACCAUGAAUGUUUUGAUAUCUGUUCACUAUAAUUGGACCGGUUAAGGUAACAACCAUGCAAUUUUGUACUUAAUUGAUGCUGUGUGUACUACUUCUAGACUCGUGACAAUACCCGACAAAAGUCCCGACAAGAAACACGCAAGUCUUGGGCGCUGACACACUGACUCUCAUGUAGAACGUAACGCUUCAGCCAACUUGACAAGCUGUUGGAUGAGUGUAGUUGACUGACAAAAAAACUAGCGAGAUAACAGUUUCGAAUGGGUUUUAGUGAAGGUAUGACUAUUUAUCUUGUUUAUUCUUUAUUUAUUAUUGAAAGAUCCGUGUCAUCUAUUGUGCAUAGUUCCUGAAAAUGACUCUUCCCUCUUGAAUAUAGACUCUUCACUCCCGUAGUUAAUUCCUCUUAAAAUUUACUACUGAAAAAUGUAUUUAAACUAAAACGAUGCCAAAUUUCGCGGCGCGUGUUCGACACAGACAUCAUGACGGUGGAGCAAGCUCUCCGACCCACAUAUUCUUAUCUCGAGUCGUUUAUCCGGGCGAGCCGAGCCAAGCGGCCCCGUCGUGGCAUGGGAGGUGCUCGCGAAAGCAAGAAAACCUGAGCAUUGUGAACACCAAGUUCCCAGACGGAGCAUGACGCUGCAGCUGACUCAGACAACCACGAGGACUUUGACUUUUUCUGCAGAUCAUCUCGGAUAGUGAAAAGCAAAGGCCCGUCUGCAGCCGUCGCAGUGCGGCGUUGGCUCUAGAGGGAAAUGCGCUUAAAUUCCUGUAGAAUCUUAUGACUCGUUCUUUACCGUCAUCCAGCAUUGUGCUGGUUUCCAUGGCAGACCGAGGUGAGCGUUCGGCUUUAUGUAAAUGGAGUUUUUUAGCUGGUACCCUCAGUCUGCUCCUUGGGCCUCUUGACUGACUCAUUGUGAGGCGGGUGAAAGUACAUGAUGUGACCCGAGAAAGUGCCUGAUUGUAUGACCAAUGACAGGGACCUGGCCGGGUGGCUUGGACGGGUCGGGCAGCCACCUGCGCCAGUCAUCCUUGACCCGACGUUCGACCCGCGCAAGCAGCGCCCAUUGACCCACGUUGACCUUCUCAUUGGAGCAUUCACAGUCGUCUCCAAGCUUAACGUUGUUGGGAUAGAGUGAUGACGGAUUCCUUUGCACCCGAGACUGACAUAAAUUCCGUAAAGUGUACCGCAAAUUAUGUUUUAAUGAGCAACGUUGCUCGUUCUAUAUAGGGGUAAUUGUUUCAAUUUACUACAAAUACUUUUGGGUUUGAAUUUUAAUUUUGGCACUAGGUGGGAAGACUGUAUGAGAGUGUAUGUGGUAUAUUGGUAUUUUCAGAACUGUACAAAGGCGUGUAAAUAUUUUUAAAAUGGUGGUGUUGGAGACGCACUUCAAUAGGUUCUAUUUUCUCUUCAACACUUUGGACUGCAUUAAAGCUCUUAAAUGGGCAGCCGUCCAUUGUGUUGUAUCGUUAUU